GAAGUAGACACCACAGGUGACUGUGCCUUUUUUCCCACUCGCCAUAACCAACGAAAGUUCCCUCGCUUGGGCUGAGUACCUGUCGACAGGUGUGUGUCUGCUUUGUAUACCACAGGCAAUGGGAAAAUGCUGCAAACGCAAUGGGAGACUGCUGUGCUUGUGUCUGCUGCCUUGUAUGAUGACUGGCCAUCUUUUAAUUUAUAUUGGCAUCUCCAUAUUCAUCACCAUCUCCUACGCUCCGCCAAAAAUAACUAUCCACUAUAUUGCUCCAGGGAUUUCUGCUAAUUCUUCAACUAUGGCCUCCCAUCCACUCGGGCCUUUCUGGAACCUUCGUUUGGAGGACAGUGCUCUGUGGAACCAGCUUCAGCAUGCUUGGGACCGUGAACACAAUCCACUACUGAUAGGAAACACAACUCACAUACAGAGGAAGCCCAAAGCUAAGUUUUUAUCAGAGAUUAACAAUGAAUGUAUUUCUGACAACACAUCAUACAAGUGUUCAGUCCCUCACAUGCAAGAUAUAAACAAGCUGCCAGAACAGAUUAGGGCAUUUAUCAGGUCAAUGUACUACAGGGAGUACCCCCUUCUUAUCAACCAACCUGGUAUGUGUAGGAAAGACAACAGUAGCUUUGAUCUGGACUCUCCCAUGCUCCUCAUGGCUAUCAAAUCUCAAGUGGGAAACUUUGAAAAUAGGCAGGCAAUCCGUGAAACAUGGGGACGCAGUGGUCUGGUGGAAGGGGAAUCAAAUAAAAAAGGUGGAUUGGUGCGCACAGUCUUUCUUCUUGGAAGGCAGGACUCAGGUACAGGUCCACACCCAGACCUAAAAAAUCUCCUGGAGCUAGAGAACCUGAAGUAUGGCGAUAUUCUACUGUGGGACUUCAGAGAUACUUUUUAUAAUUUGACCCUAAAGGACUUGCUGUUCUGGCGAUGGUUCGAGCAGUACUGUCCCACUGCCAUCUUUGUUUUCAAAGGAGACGAUGACGUCUUUGUCAGAACAAAUGCCCUUCUGGAUUAUCUGCACAAGAACGAGGAGGAACACAAACUACAGCUACUUUUAAAAAGGAAAACUGAGAUGGAUAUGUUCAUCGGGGACGUGAUUACUAAUGCAAUGCCAAACCGUGAACCGUCCACAAAAUACUACAUACCAGAAAAUUUCUACAAAGGAGUGUAUCCACCCUAUGCUGGUGGAGGAGGGGUGGUGUAUUCUGGAUCACUUGCACUACGUUUGAAAGAGGUGUCUGAGAGGGUCCACCUUUUCCCUAUUGAUGAUGUGUAUCUUGGAAUGUGCCUGCACAGACUCGGACUUUCUCCAACCCAUCACCCGGGUUUUUUAACAUUUGACCUCCCAGCAGGAGAAAGGGAAAAUCCUUGUGCAUACAGAUCUGUUCUGCUUGUUCACAAACGGAGUCCCAAGGAGAUGGUUACUUUGUGGAAAAAGCUCCGGAACCUGCCUGGUCAAUGCUAAGGCUCAUUUGCCAACCAAAUAGGACUCAGUGAGUACAGGAUGACUGCUACAACCACACUCACUGGCUUCAUCUUCAUAUCAAUCAGGCUUUGUCACAUUACGUAAGGUCACAUAAUGGACAUUUCCUGUGUGGAGUUAAAAACUGAAUAGAAGACCAAUCUACCUCAAAGAGGGUUUGUUAAUAAGGCAUCACAGAUUAAGGGCAUACAUUCUGGCCCCUUAUUCACCAUUUGUAUUUAUUUACUCUUCUUUAACUUAAAGGUUUUAUUUUCUUAACUAUAGAAAAUAUUUUACCAUUGUAAAUGAUUUAGAUGUAUUUAUACAAUGGCUGGUGAACAUAGUUUUUUUUUUUUCCCCUUUCUUAAAUUUCUUGGCACUAUUUUCUUCCCUUUAAGUCAGCAGUUUCUCUUAAAAUGUUCUGAUGUUUAACUUUCACUUCGAAACUGCAACACAGCUUGAUUAAAUGUAUAAUUUUCAUGUGAUGUCUUCUGUACCUCAAAAAAAGCAAUGCUUGACUUUGAAAGGUGUGUAUCUACAUGGUUGUAAUCCUUGAAAAAAACUUUGUCUUUUUUUUAUGUUCUCUGCUGCCAGAAAAAUGUUUUUUUUAGUGUCAAUCUAUGAUGCUAACUACUUCCAACUUCUUGUAUUAAAUC